AUGGAGGAAUUUGGCCUCUGCCGCAAUAGUGUCAAGAAAAUGUGGGGAAUUCGUGGCAAGGUGGACGUUAUUUCUGCCUCUACAAAGACAGCGCUUAAGCGGGGCAGGCGCUUGGCACUUGAUGAGGUAGUACAGCUGGUACAAGCUGUACCGCUUUGCCAACGCCAAACCCAGCGCUCACUAGCAGCAGCAUCCGGUAUACCCCGGACUACACUACAACGCUACCUUGCUGACGGUACACUACGCCGUGCUGCAUUGCGAGUGAAACCGGCAUUAACAGCGGGUCAUAAGACGAAGCGCCUCCAGUGUAUGUGGACUUGCCAUUAGGUAUCGUAACGUGUAUAUAUAUAUAU